AAUUGUUUUUCUCAUAUGGAAUACUAAAUUGGUUUUGACAAUUUUUAAGAUGUUAAAGUUGUGCCAGUUGUACAUGUAAUUCUCGUCUAAUAUAUAAUAAAAAUUAUAUCAAUUAUUUAUAUUGCUAGAUUUAGGUUUGUAGCAAUAUUUUCACAUCAUGGCUUUGUAAAAAGUAUGUUUGAUGUUUGUUUAUCAUAAUAAUAUGGCUAAUAUAGUUAAUAAAUCUUAAAGUAAAAAAUAUAUAAUGUAAAACUAAAUUAAGAGUGUAAUAUAAUAAUUUAACAAAAAAUUGAAAAUUCUUGAAUAAAAUAUAUGAAAUUUUGUCAUUAUUUACCAAUUAGAAUAUAUUGCAUGUUUAUUUCAUGUUUAGUUGUACGAAUUAUACUAGUUGUACCAGCCGAAUAUGGAUGAGAUAAAAAAAUUGUGUGGCUAUAAGUGGUUGAAAUCAAAGAAAGAAAAUGAGGGAGAAAGAAAGAAGUGUGAAAUCGUGUGGUUAAGAUUAAAUAUAGAUGAGAUGAUCCAAUGGUUCAUAUUUUCUCUUUAUUUAGGGUAAUAUUGUAAUUUGCAAUCCCUUAGUCCAUGUAGAAUAAUUUUGGAUGUAGAAGAAUUUUUUUUGGCCAUUUGGUCCAUCUCAGAGUUUUGUCCGAAAUCAUAAAGGGUUGAAUAAAGUCUCAUACUCGCAACAACAUCUCGAGAGGUUUCUUCUCUCUCUUCUGCUGAUCGUUUUUGGUUCAGAGGUAUGACUUUAGAUCUUUCUCCGAGUUAGCACCGGGUUCUGCUGUUUGGUUUGGUUUGCCUUUAGGGUUUUCGUUAAUACCGAUCUUUAUGAACUAGAUUACGUUCUUGAGUUGCUCAUGGGUAGGGCUCUUGAGUUACUUUAAUAAAGUUUUGCUCUUAUGGUUGAUCCUGUUGUGUUUUAGUUGGAUUGUUUUCUUAGAGUCUUGACGUUGCUAAGAUUCUGCUAAUGCUGCUUGAGAGUUAUGGGUUUAUUUUGUUUCCUACUGGUGUUGUCUCUAUAAUUUCCAGUUUUCUUUGAAGAUAUGUGAUCUUGUGUUCAAAGAUGCAAUUUCAUUGUUUGCAUUUGAGCUUUCUCAUAUGAGUUUAAGUGUAGUGACCAGGGAAGAUGCAAGGAGGUGGUGGAGAUCCUUUCAACUUUAAUUGUCCUUCUGAUGGCUUUGGAGGCUCUUCUGGUGGCCCGAACAAUGGUCCCCCGAGUCUGAUGUCUAGUUUUGGAGGAGACUCUUUUGAUGGUUUUGGUGCCCCUAACAAUGAACAUCCGAGUCAUAUGUCCAAUGUUUUAGGAGGAGACUCUGCUGAUAGUUUUGGUGGAUCUAACAACGGUCCACCGAGUCAGAUGUCUAAUGUUUUAGGAGGAGUCUCUGUUGAUGGUUUUGGUGGCUCUUUUGGUGGAUCUAAUGGUGAUCCUCCGAGUCUGAUGUCUAGUUUUUUCGGAGGAAGAGAUCCGUUUGAUGACCCUUUCUUCACCGAGCCUUUUGGUGGUAGCAUGUUUCAGCCCAGCUUGUUUGGUCCUCCUACCAUGGACCCUUUUGCUGGAAUGCUUCCUCCUCCAUUAGGGUUUAUCGAGAAUCAUCAUCACCAGACACCACAACCGAGACUACCAGGUGGACCAGUUAUUGAAGAGAUCAAUGUUUUAGAUGCUGAGGAAGAAGGAGAAGCAUAUCAAGAGAAGAGCGUAAUCCUAGGGAAACGUGGCAGGUCAAGCAGUGAGGUGGAAACUGAAGAGGCUAUAGCUGAAGAGAGAAGGAUCACACACAUGCAAAACAUGAAUGCAAAUGCUAUGGUGGACAAUGGACAAUGGCAACAACAAACUCAAGAGAGAAGGAUCAGACACAGGGAAAACAUGAAUGAAUAUGCUAUGGUGGACAAUGAACAAUGGCGGCCACAAACUCAAGAGAGAAGGAUUGCACACAUGCAAAACAUGAAUGCAAAUGCUAUGGAGAACAAUGGACAAUGGCAGCCACUAACUCAAGUCAGACACAUGCAAAACAUGAAUACAAAUGCUAUGGUGAACAGUGGACAAUGGCAGCCACAGACUCAAGGUUAUAGUUUCCAGAGCACGACUGUUACUUACGGUGGUAAUGACGGAAACUACUACACUUCGUCCACGACCAGAAGGACAGGAAGUGAUGGGUUAACUCUGGAAGAAAGCAAAGAAGCUAAUACUGCAACUCGCGAAGCAGCGCACAGGAUUUCAAGAGGCUUCCAUAACAAGGGCCACACGGUUGAGCGUACCCGCAACUCGGAUGGUCGGGUUGGUACAAACCAGAUUUUGCACAAUCUGAACGAAGAUGAAUUGGCUGGUUUUGAACAGUCUUGGAGUAGCAAUGCUGGAAUGCAAAUGCAAUUCCCCAGUCCGGCCACCUAUGCGCUACGCGUCACUUUUCCGCCCCGAUUUAUGCAAAAUCGGUUUAAAAAAUCGGAUAUCCGAUUUUUUCCGCCUAGACUGCCUAAAUGACCGCCUAGCCGCCUAAAUGACCGCAUAGCCGCCUAGGCGGCCGCCUAAUCUAUUUU